CAUUCAGUGGAGACGGUGUGGGAUUCAUUCCGUUUUCACCAUACAGCUAUUUCAUAUAGAAAACUGUAAUACUGUACAGCCAAUAUGAAACAAUGUUGGUGUGGUUGUUCUCUCCGGAAAGGUUCCAAAAUUAUCAGCGUCUUUCACUUGCUCGUCAACUUAGCCACUGCAUUUUUUCGAAGUUACCAACUCAGCACGAUCGACUUUGUCGGAGAGUACGAUGGAGUUAAGGCUUUCAGUUAUAUUUCCAAUACUCUCGUCGCUUUCAUCUUGGCCAGUUUCUCGGCCCUACUUAUUUAUGCCGUCUACCGUAACCAUAGGCAACUGAUGAUGCCGUGGCUUUUUGCGACAAUACUCAUUGCUUGUACGCGCGAUAUCUACAUGUUGAUCCGAAGUUUCUUCUUCGCUUCGACAGGAACUUGGUUUGGAAUACUCUAUGUGGUUGCAAUGGUCAUCCAGAUGACCUUAGGAAUGUAUCUUUGGUGGGUUGUUCACGGCUUUUAUCACGAACUUCAAGACAAGGACAAUGAAAAACGGAGGAACGACCGGCUUGUCAAAGCUUCAGCUAAUCGCAUUACUUCCGAUGUUUAAAUAAAUUUAAGACACGAAAUUAUUCACUUAUUC